AUGACGGAGAGGUUUUCCUUCAAGGCCGAAGAUGUGGGCGAUGUGAAGCAGGAGGCAAUGUCGUGGGCAGAUCGAAAGCUCAUCAAAAAUGAGGACGGCAAGCCAAGCUUCCCCAAGAAAUUCGCCAGGAGAGGACCAAAUUCCAGAGAAAGCGCACCGGAUCCAUUCCCGGAAACCCUUCCAAUCGGCGAUGCUUCUCUGGCGAGACACGACGCGGGCGCCUCGAACUUUGACCCGACCCAGAUGCGAAGCAACCUCACCAAGAAACGCGCCGAGAUUACAAAGAUGAAUUUUGAGGCCCGCCUCACCCAGACGGCACGCGCCGAGAUCCUGAACAAAGAAGAGGGCGGAUUCUUGGAGACCGACGACGAUGCGUUCACGCGAAACAUUUCACAACGGCAGAUUGUCGACUCGGUCGAUAUGGCCAGUGCCAGCAAGCAUUUCGACCUGCAUCUCGAGCAGUUUGGCCCGUACAAGAUUGACUACACGGACAAUGGACGGCAUUUGUUGAUCGGUGGGAAGCGGGGCCAUAUUGCGGCCUUUGAUUGGCACACCAAACAUCUACACACCGAGAAUAAUGUCAUGGAGGCUGUACGGGAUGUCAAAUUCCUGCACACGCACAACAUGAUGGCCGUCUCGCAGAAGAACUACACGUACAUCUACGACAACGUGGGCACCGAGCUGCACUGCCUCAAGAAUUUCCACCAAGUGCUGCAGCUCGAAUUCCUGUCCAAGCAUUUCUUGCUCGUCGGAGGGGGCCGUAAUUCGUUCCUUCGAUAUCUCGAUGUGUCCGUCGGCCAGCUCGUCACCGAAUUCCCCACGCGUCAAGGCCCACUCGACGUGAUGUGCCAAAAUCCGACGAAUGCCAUCAUCCACACCGGCCACAGUGAUGGUACGGUCUCGCUGUGGUCUCCAAAUUCGAAGGAGCCACUGGUGCGUAUGCUGACUCAUAAUGGUAUUGUCAGAGGGCUGGCCGUCGAUAAUACCGGUCAUUAUAUGGUGUCCACUGGCGGAGAGGGAAAGUGCAAAAUCUGGGAUCUUCGCAUGUACAAGCAGAUUGCUGCCUACCGUAUGCCAUCGCUGAUAGGCCGUGUCGCCAUCUCGGAUACAAGAACGGUGGCCUGUGCUGUGGGGAAUACUGUUCAGACGUUCAAAGACAUGCAUCUCGGCCUCACCCGUGAGCCCUAUCUCGUGCACAGAUGUGCGGGCGUGGUUUCGGACCUUCGAUUCGUUCCCUUUGAAGACGUGCUCGGCGUCGGGCAUUCCGCUGGAUUCACAUCGCUCUUGAUUCCGGGCAGUGGCCAAGCGAACGUCGACCUGAUGCGUGCCAAUCCCUACGAGACAUCGAAACAGCGAAAGGAGCGUGAAGUGAAGCAGUUGCUCGAAAAGAUUCCAUGUGAAAUGAUCACCCUGGAUCCGGAUGAUAUUGCCCGUGUCGACACAGAGACGCUUGAAAGAAAGGAGGACGAGCGAAAGAAAUCGCUGCUUCUCGGCAAUCGUCCGCCAAUCAAGUUUACACCAAGGCAUCGAAUGAAGGGACGAGGAUCGGCCCUCAAUAAGGAACGACGACGCGAAACGGUGACCCAGAUGAAACGUCGCGGGCGCAAUGAUGAGAUCAAGCAGAUUGAGAACGAGUAUUUGACAGACGAGCCACGGGAAAAGCCGAAAAAAGCGAAGCAAGAUGACGCGACCCCCUCACAGCAUGUCCUCGAUCGAUUCCGCGUCAAAUCA